UUGAGUAGCAAAAGAAACGAGUGGAGCAUGAGGCAUGAUCGACCUUAAACCUUGACGUCUUUGAAAUUACAAUCACAAAACCCUCAUACUUUUUCAGAUUCACACAAGCAUUUCAUCAAACAAAUGGCGUCCCUCAUAUCCACCAAAACCAACCACUUUCGCUACGCUUCUCGCUCUCUCAUCUCUCACCUUCUCCGCAAUCCCACACCCACUUCCUCUCUUCUUUCACCAUCACUCUCUCCUCACCUUUCACCGCACCCUCGCCAAGUUGAGAAUCAAGGUUAUGGUAAUGGGUCGUUUAUGCUAUAUCAGAGAUUUCUAUCUAGUACUUCUAAUCAAGAUAAACCACCAUUGAGUAAUAAUAAUAAUAAUUCAGUUAAAGAUGAUCCUGGUCAAGGAAAAGAAUCUGGUGGGGAAAAGGAACAGAAAAGUGAUGCCGGCAAAUCUAUUCGUGGAUCGCCGGUUUCUUGGUUGAGUUUAGUUUUUCUGGUUUUAACUGGAGCUGGAUUGGUAUAUUACUAUGACAAGCAAAAGAAACUACAUAUAGAAGAAAUACAUAGUGCUUCAGAGGCAGUUAAGCAAGGAGCAGUUAAGCAAGGACCAUCUGCAGGAAAAGCUGCGAUUGGGGGUCCAUUUGAGCUCACCAACCAUCACGGAAAACGUGUAACUGAAAAGGACUUCGUGGGUAGAUGGACAUUAAUGUAUUUUGGUUUUACUCACUGCCCAGAUAUCUGUCCUGAGGAACUACAGAAGUUAGUAGAUGCAGUUGAUAAAAUAAAGGAGAAAUCUGGAAUUCAAACUGUGCCGGUUUUUAUCUCUGUUGAUCCUGAGAGGGAUACUGUUGAACAAGUGGCUGAAUAUGUCAAAGAAUUUCAUCCAAAGUUAAUUGGAUUAACCGGUAGUGUAGAGGAGAUAAAAAGUGUUGCCCGUGCAUAUCGCGUUUAUUAUAUGAAGACAGCAGAGGAAGACUCGGAUUAUCUUGUUGAUCACUCUAUUGUCAUAUACUUGAUGGCGCCUGACAUGGGAUUUGUAAAGUUUUUCGGCAAGAACAAUGACGUUGACUCACUUACUGAUGGAGUAAUUAAGGAGAUAAAGCAGUAUUAUAAGAAGUAACAUGCACGCCUGCGAUAUUGAUAGGCACCUUUUCUUCAUUGUUUGAAAGAAAUUGGCAUUGAGUUUAGGCUUUAUGGUAGAAAACUGAACAACCAAGUCUGAAUAUAAUUUGAAGGCUGGUUCCUUUUUAGCUGAUUUUGGAGAUUUGACAGUUUUAAAAGGGCAACUUAAUUGAUGUCUUUGUUUCAAUUUUCUUUCUUUUUGACAGAGUCAUUGUUUCAACUUUCAAUGGUUAUAUUGUACUUGAAAAAAAUUAAAGAAAUUUUGAGAUGCAACAAUAUUCCAAUAACAAAACAACAACGUUCGUUAAACA